AUGCUAACAAGCAUGCAAGAGGCGAUCGGCAGAACCAAAGCAGCUUCCUCACGCAGGUCUUACAGCGCCCGUAGGAGUUUGGCUUGUUUGUGCUGCCCUGCGGCGGCCUUGCUGUUAUUUUCUCUGGCUGCUACAGUCUUUGUGAACGUCGAUCCACGAGUUGGCAGCAGUGCGUCUCGCCUGCCGCGACACGCACGCAUGAGUCCAGCUGCUGUGCAGCCCAAUGAGCUGGAGUAUAUGCCCAUGAAGAUGGCGAGCUUUGCCACAGGCAUUCUUAGACCCUUCUUCGUCGUUCAGGCAGCGAUCCAAGCGGGUCGCUACGACAAAUGGUCGGUUAGAGCCUCCAUUGAAGAAGACAUCAAAUCUGCACCUUUGGUGAUCUACACCUACGAGUGGUCGCCGUUCUCUUCGGAGGCCAAGAAGCUGCUUGACUCCGUGGGUGCUGACUACACGGAGGCACCGCAGAGUGGUUGCUUUAACUAG